AUGAAGGGCCGUCCCAUCGACCAGCUCGUCUACGAGCACAUGUUUCCCAAGCCUCGUGCAAGCGAUCCUCAAAAUUUCCAUGCCCUUCUACAGCGCAGCCUGAUUUUAGAGGUUCGCCAAGAGGUUCACUCCUUCUACGGCCACCUCGACACCCAAGAAGCCAAGUACCCGGGCUUAGACUACUGCAAUCCUAUCCAUCGCAUCCGCCUAAGUCGCUGGACCUGGCACCGCCGCUUGUUCCGAGCGUUCGACAACCUCCGUCUGACCCCCAACGAGAUUGCGGGUCUGACCAAGUGGGAGGGCACAAGAUGGGCCAAGGAGCGCUAUGAAAAGGAGCAAGGCAUUUCCAUCAGAGACACUGCGGGUGACGGAUUCCCUGACUGGAUUGAGCCAGAGGACCGUCCAGCUGCCCCGAUUCGAAACCCUAGAUCUAGGACUGUGGAUACGGAUGAUGCAACUGAUCCUGGAGACGAGGAUAUGGACGGCGAGGAGAGUGACGAAGAACUUGAGAGCGUCGGUGUUGCAUUGAACCAGCGAUUGAGAGAGAGGGCAGCACGACGAGAGGCUGGAGAAACGUCUACCGUCUUGGACGAGGAGUGGGAGCAGUGGCUGAAGAACGUCAUCGAGAGCGGCGAGCUGCCAUAUCUCUCAAACGACGAUAUCUCGCCGUCAAGGGCUGAUCCUGCGGCAGUUGCAGUUGUGCCGCAAGCACUGUUUCCCCCUCGCAUGCUGAGCGCUGCACGCGCUGGUCAGUGGCAAGAUAUACCCGACUUCCUUCACGAUAUCAUUCGCCGUACCCUCGAGAAUCAGAACUCCAGCAGUGGCGAGGAGACUGCAGCACCACCUCGCUUGCCCUCCAUGUCGAGCCGCAAUGCGGCCCGGGAACGAAGAGGUACUGACGAACAUCACAUUGGCGGAAUCACAAAUUGGAGACGUACAUAUUCCGAUCUGCGUCUCCCUGUUGGCGACAGCGCAGCUAGCCCAAAUUUGCAGAGGACGGCACAGGCACCUGGCGCCUAG